GAAUCAUUGUGACCUGCUGUAUUAUGUUGUCAUAUUACCCACUUAAAGAGCAUCAGAUCGUCCUACCGUGAUCGACUCGACACGAUAAUAGAUAGAUAGGAUAGGUCCACCGGUCGAGAUAGAGAUGCUUAGUCUAUUCCCCCACAACGAGACACCACCGAAGAAACCGAGCUCGCUCAACAAUGCCAUGCUGUGAGAUGGCUCGUACUGGUUGCUGGGCAGAGAACCUUACUUCCUUCUUCCUUCUUCCUUCCUCCCUCCCUCCCUUCCUCCCUUCCUCCCAUACUUUCACUGCCAUCGUACCACACCCCUAAACGACCUGUGAUUCAUUGUCCACCUUUGAAUUGUCUCGCUCUGCCUACGAAUAGAUCCCUUACUAACCCUACUGAGUCGAAGAAGGCCUGAUGAUCAAGUUUAUUUAAUUACAUGUGAUCCAAACUCAUAUCGCCUAUCAGUCAGCUUUUGGGGUAUAGCUUACUCUGGAGGAGCCCAAGCCACCCUUAUCGAUACCGCCUAAGAUCUCAACGUCGUUAUUCUUGACUACAAACAUCGAAACAACUGGAGUGGUUUGGUAUUUUAUACCAAACGACGAAAAGUCAUUGUCAAAAUGGCUCCGGAAGAUGAGUUAAAGAAGAGAGUCGCCAGAAAGUUGUCGAAGAAAAGGAAUGAAGGCCACCAAGCAACCAUGGAACUCCCUGAGCGCUUUCAAGACGGCGACGAUGCGGAUGACGACUAUACUGCCCCUAAUGCUAUGAAUCAAUCUGUCUUUGGCAUGAUUACGGCGGCUGUUGGCCCAAAAGUUGAUUUCAAUGCCAGAUUUGAUGCGCAAUCCAGCGACGAAGAAGAUGAUUCGAGGAAACCAACACGACAGAGUUCUGAGUCGCACAUAAAUUAUGACAGCAUAGAUCAAAAGGGAGGAGGAUCGGAAAGACAUAGAAGGAAAUUCUCGGAGAGCAAGUUGAUUCGAUCAUUCUCACGACUAGGCUCUAGGUCCAAGUCUAAAUCAUCAAACGCCGUCGCUCAAGGCAGUCGUAGCCGUAGCCGUACGCCGUCACCAGUACGCGAUUCUCAUCAGGAAUCUACCACGCCUGAUAUAAAAUCUCCACAACUUCAACCAAGAGACGCACCGGUUAUGAGCAGAAUGUUGGAUGCCCAAGCGAAAUUAGCUUUGCGACCCAGUUUCGACAUGCCUCGAAGUUCAAAAGAACUCACAGAGAUUGAUGAAGAUGAAGAGACGCCAUCGACAAGCUUAGCCAAGAAGCUGAGGGAGAUCUACAAGUUCGAAACUUCCGAAGAAGUAAUAGAGGAAUAUCCUUGCUGGCUAAUGAAAAGUGUAUUGGUCCAAGGUUAUAUGUACAUUACUUCUAAACACAUCUGCUUCUAUGCCUACUUAUCAAAGAAAUCUCAUGAAGUUGUCAAAUCAGGAUAUCUCUCAAAAUCAGGUCAACACAAUCCAAAAUACAACAGAUAUUGGUUCCGGUUGAAGGGCGAUGUUCUUUCAUAUUACAACAACCAAGCAGAUUUAUAUUUCCCAAGAGGCAAUAUUGACUUGAGAUAUGGAAUUUCAGCAAGUAUUACGGAAAAGGGAAAAGGAAAAGAGUCUACACACUUCACUGUCGAGACACACCAAAGGAAAUAUCACUUCAAUGCCGAUAGUGCUCCUUCUGCAAAGGAAUGGGUGAAAGCCCUACAGAAGAUAAUAUUCCGGUCUCAUAAUGAUGGCGACAGUGUCAAAAUCUCGUUACCCAUCGAGAAUAUCAUCGACAUCGAGGACAGUCAAAUCGUCGAGUUUGCCGACACUUGCAAGAUACGUGUCAUUGACAAUGAUGAGAGUUUUGCGAUCGAUGAGUAUUUCUUUUCUUUUUUCACCAACGGCCAGGAAGCUUUGAAUGUACUCAAAAUCCUUGUCGAAGACACUACUGCGCAGAAAUUGGCACAGGACAUUUUGUCACCAUCAGCAGCGGAUGAUAGUCAUAACAGCUCUAAGCAUACAUCGAUUCAUAUGAGCCACAAUAAAAAACCUCACGUUCCUCCUAUUCAAACCACGACACCAGCUUUAGAAGAGAGUGUCCGAGCAACCUUAUCGCCGUUACGUUCUCCGGGACCCGGUAGUCCUCGUGCUAGCACAGAUAUGAGUCGUCCAAGCUCGGAUGUAUUUCAUCGGAGCAUAGAUCUUAACAAGCACGGUCGACGUAGCAUAGACUUGAAUCCGUUUCAGACGAAAAGCCGCAGAAGCACCAGUGCAAAUAGCAUCAGCACGAGACGUAGCCUUAGUACUAAUCGCUUGAGCCGAGAGAAGGGUACUUCUAAGCAAGGAUCAUCUGAUUCAUAUGUCCAUUCCCUGGAUGAACCGGGGUCAUAUGAAGCUCUGCCAUCAGCAAGCGAUGAAAAUCAAGCGUCUGCCAGUCAGAUACUUCGAGGCAGCGAUGUGUUUUUAUCACCCACUAUACAACGCUCCCCUUCAUCGAGACGUGGUAAAAAUAAGGACGAUUUUCAGAGCCCAGAAUCUCAUCCUCUUACCUCUCCAAGAAGAUCCGCCGAUGUUUCACCAACUCGAACUUACCGGCCCGAGAAACCUAAACAUGCUGCUACCACAGGUUCCAUGGGCGACUCGGAUGCUAGGCAAGGGGCAAUAUCAUCUGGCCCUUCAUUACAAAGCAUUGUUAAGGCUGGAUCAUACCCUUUGCAACGAGCUGCAGGUUUUGCCGGCUACUUAAAUAGACACUCAAAGAAGAUGAGCUCGUUACUGGCAACCGAGUCUAUGGGCUAUGUGGAAAAGGUUUCAGGCAUGUGGAAAGGAGGAAAAAUGCACUAUGAAGAAUCCCAUGGAAUGCCACGAGAUGACGAAAUGUCUAACAUGAAAAACGAUGACGAUAAUCGCGAUGGUGUUACACACGCAGAGCGAUUCCGCCAACACUUCGCCCUGCCUCCCGAUGAGAAGCUCCAUGCUGCAUACUUUUGUUCUUGGCAAAGACUUGCUUUUCUAUAUGGCAAAAUUUACCUUAGCGACAGAUCUUUCUGUUACCGAAGUCUGAUACCAACCGUAAAGACUAAGAUUAUCAUUCCUUUGAAAGAUAUCGAGAACGUCGAAAAGGAGACAUCAUCUAGGUUUGGAUACUCAGGGCUUGUAGUCACCAUCCGAGGUCAUGCGGAGAUAUUCUUCGAAUUCGCUUUACCUGAUGACCGAGAUGACUGUUUAGUAACUCUUUUGCAGAAUAUAGAGACAAUAAAGUAUAUGGACGAGUCUGGGCUUUUGACCAUGGAGGAACGCGAAAGCGCAGAAGUGGCUAGUGCUGAAAAUCAAGCUCUGAUUCAGGCACGGCACGUGCUUCAUCCUGAGAAUCAUAUCAGUGAUAUCAGUACUCCCAAAGUAGGCGAUACUGGAUCGCCGCCAAUAUUGUUCGAUGAUCCGAGAGCUUCCAUAUUGAACUUUAAGCCAACAGAGUCGCUACGCAUCACUUGCUUGACCAUUGGUUCUCGUGGUGAUGUUCAGCCUUACAUUGCUCUUUGUAAGGGCCUGAUGGCGGAAGGUCACAAAACGAAAAUAGCCACCCACUUAGAGUUUAAAGAUUGGGUCGAGUCACACAAUAUUGAAUUUGCACCUGUUGAUGGCGAUCCGGCCGAAUUGAUGCGGAUUUGUGUCGACAACGGAAUGUUCACGGUCUCAUUCUUGAAAGAAGCAUCUUCGAAAUUUCGUGGUUGGAUAGAUGAUUUACUCAGCUCAUCGUGGAAGGCCUGUCAGAAUUCUGAUGUGUUGAUUGAAAGCCCCAGUGCAAUGGGUGGAAUUCAUAUCGCAGAAGCUCUUCGAAUUCCAUACUUCCGAGCUUUCACCAUGCCAUGGACAAGAACAAGAGCUUAUCCUCACGCAUUCGCUGUUCCUGAGCACAAAUAUGGUGGCGCUUAUAACUACUUGUCAUACAUUUUGUUUGAUAAGGUCUUUUGGACUGCCAUUUCUGGACAGGUGAAUCGUUGGAGACACAAAGAGCUAGGUUUGCAAGCCACGAAUUUGGAGAAGAUGCAACCUAACAAGGUUCCAUUCUUGUAUAAUUUUAGCCCUUCGGUUGUGGUACCACCUCUUGAUUAUAGCGAUUGGAUUAGAGUCACUGGUUACUGGUUUUUGAACGAAAGUUCGAAUUAUACACCACCCAAAGAUCUCACAGAUUUUAUCGCCAAGGCCCGCGCAGAUGGUAAACGACUAGUAUAUGUCGGGUUUGGAUCAAUUGUCGUGCCGGACUCUGCAGCUUUGACUAGAAUAGUGAGGGAUUCUAUUAUUAAAGCCGAUGUAAGAUGCAUUCUAUCAAAGGGAUGGUCAGAUCGUUUGGACAAGAAAGGUGCCAAUGAUGUUGAGGUAUCACUCCCACCCGAGAUAUUCCAAAUUAAAUCAGCACCGCACGACUGGCUCUUCUCUCAGAUUGAUGCGGCAGCCCAUCAUGGAGGCGCCGGUACUACGGGAGCUAGUCUACGAGCUGGCAUUCCAACGAUCAUUAAGCCAUUUUUCGGAGACCAGUUUUUCUUUGGUCAGCGUGUUGAGGAUCUAGGUGUGGGUAUUUUGUUAAAGAAGCUCAACGAGAGUCUUUUUUCCAAAGCUCUUUGGGAGGCUGCGCACAGCAAGAGAAUGAUUACAAAGGCCAAAAUCCUAGGUGAACAGAUAAGAAAUGAAAACGGCGUCGACACUGCCAUUCAGUGUAUAUAUCGAGAUAUGGAGUAUGCAAAAUCAUUGAUCAAGCUUAAGGAAGGAAAGUCAGAUGAUGAUGCUUUGGAAGAUUCGGAAGAGAGUUGGACAUUCAUAGGGGAUGAGACCGACCCGGAUACAAUGAAACGAAUUCAUGAUUGGGAUACAAUGGCGCGUUCGGGAACCUUGAGCGAUAGGCACGCGAUGACUUGGUCGGGCUCGGAUUUGGCAUCUAGGGCGUUAUCACCGGCUAGAAACGCGGGUUGAGAUUUCUUUUCAUGGGUAUACACAGUGUUAAGCGGAUCAAUAGGCUGGAUCGCAAGGCAUGGAAUUGGGCUGGGUAUGUAAUGUUUUAAGUGAGCAAGGUGUUGGAGGCUAGUUGAUGGGUUUUGCGACAGUCUGCAUAUACGAUGACUAUGAGAUAAUGUGAUGUUAGCGACAGGAAUAGGAAUGGGAUAUAAUCUACUUAAUUUGUAUUUAGCGAGGAAAGUGCAAGAUGAAGUGAGGAGGCUUGAUUUUACAUGAAUAUAGAUAAUAGACUACUAUAAAUGAACGAAGGACA